CCUCCCACACGCGCUGCGCCGACUUCCUGGCUGGCCCUGCAGUCCCGCGCUUCGCACACCAAAAUGGCCUUGUCUCGGGAACAGAAUCUUCCCUCCGUGAAGAAGAGAGCAGGUCAGGACCAGUGAGGCCGGCUCCAUGUAUCCGGAAUCGACAACAGGCUCCCCAGCUCGACUCUCUCUGCGACAGACGGGCUCCCCCGGCAUGAUCUACAGUACUCGGUAUGGGAGCCCCAAAAGACAGCUGCAGUUUUACAGGAACUUGGGCAAGUCGGGACUGCGGGUCUCCUGUCUGGGGCUUGGAACAUGGGUGACCUUCGGAGGCCAGAUCACCGAUGAGAUGGCAGAGCAGCUAAUGACCUUGGCCUAUGACAAUGGCAUCAACCUCUUCGAUACUGCAGAAGUGUACGCGGCGGGCAAGGCUGAAGUGGUAUUAGGAAACAUCAUCAAGAAGAAGGGAUGGAGACGGUCCAGCCUGGUCAUCACCACCAAGAUCUUCUGGGGAGGAAAAGCGGAGACGGAGAGGGGCCUUUCCAGGAAGCACAUCAUAGAAGGUCUGAAGGCCUCCCUGGAGCGGCUGCAGUUGGAGUACGUGGACGUGGUGUUUGCCAACCGCCCAGACCCCAACACGCCCAUGGAAGGGGACCCAUUUAGUUCCUCCAAGUCAAGGACAUUCAUCAUAGAAGAGACGGUGCGCGCCAUGACCCACGUCAUUAACCAGGGGAUGGCCAUGUACUGGGGCACGUCGCGCUGGAGCUCCAUGGAGAUCAUGGAGGCCUACUCCGUGGCCCGGCAGUUCAACCUGAUCCCGCCCAUCUGCGAGCAGGCCGAGUACCACAUGUUCCAGCGCGAGAAGGUGGAGGUACAGCUGCCCGAGCUCUUCCACAAGAUAGGAGUGGGUGCCAUGACCUGGUCCCCUCUGGCCUGCGGCAUCGUUUCUGGAAAGUACGACAGUGGCAUCCCGCCCUACUCGAGAGCCUCCCUGAAGGGCUACCAGUGGCUGAAGGACAAGAUCCUGAGUGAGGAGGGCCGGCGCCAGCAGGCCAAGCUGAAGGAGCUGCAGGCCAUCGCCGAGCGGCUGGGCUGCACCCUCCCCCAGCUAGCCAUAGCCUGGUGCCUGAGGAACGAGGGAGUCAGCUCCGUGCUCCUGGGGGCUUCCAGCGCAGACCAGCUAAUGGAGAACAUCGGAGCAAUACAGGUCCUUCCGAAACUGUCGUCUUCCAUUAUCCAUGAGAUUGAUAGUAUUUUGGGCAAUAAACCCUACAGCAAAAAGGACUACAGAUCCUAAGAAGCCCCCGGCCGCUUGCCCGGACACUUUCCGUUUCCCUCCUAGUCUCUCUUGUUCGCUCGCUUAAGCUGUUUUGAAGCCAUGUCAGGGGUGUGGUUUGCAUCAAAAAGAAAACAUCACAGCGAGAUGUCGUCGGGGAAAAGAUCUCAAAAGUUGCUGCAAGACACCAUUCGCUGCUUCGCGGGACCGAACUCAGAUCUGUGCCCGGGAUACAGCGUUGACGGGGCAGGAUGUUGGAGCCGUCCCGUCUGAGCCCACCUGCAGCCUCUGCUCGCCCUCCAGGAAGAAAGCACCAUGGCUGCUCCCGGCCUCGGCCCUUCCCAGAGAUGCCUCCAGUCCAGGCCAGGCCGAGACCCAGUUGGGUCCUGGGGGCAGCAGGGCUAGCCUCUCCUCUGCUGAGGACCCCCACCUGGUGUCAGGGGUGGGAAAGAGGAAACCAGGCCUGGCUCUUCCCGUGGCCCCCUCCGCUGGGAGUCCCCCACACCCUCCCUCUUGCCAAGGGCUCCCAGCAUUUUACGAUGGGCCUGACUCCAGAUUCAUUCUGCACCCUCUUCAGCACCACCACCUGCCCCCACAGGUCUCUCAGGGGCCUUCUGAGCUGUCCCUUGACCCCCACCCCACCCCCCUUGCUGGCAGGGGCCGAGAUCCAGGAGGAUUCACUAUCAAGUGGGGCCCACAGGAAGUUCGGGGCUCUAACCGAGCUCAUAGCCCUGCCAACUUCCUCCCUGCACACAGUUGAUGAGCCCCUUGCCCAGUGCAGCCCUGAGCGCUGGGAAGGAGCCUGAGGAGCAGCCUCCAGCCCAGGUCCCUCCAGGCCCCCACCUGCCCUCCUGACCAGGUGCUCUGUCCACCGCCCCUCUGUCCUGGCCGCAGAAGGCCCUGAGGUCGCCCAUACGUAGCUCGACUGGCUGCCGACCACGUGCAGGGAGCACACCUCUGCUCUGCCUGGGUAGUGGCCUCGGAUCUGCAGAGAGACCACCCUUAGGCCCUCUAGGGAGGGCGGGUCCCUGGGGCUUUCUGUGCUGCACGCCCAGGGGCUGGAGGGCCUGAACAUCUAGCAGGAGCCCCCACAAUCGAGGAAAAGCCCCCAGGAGCCUCUCCCUGGAGCAGUGCCUUCUUGAAGGCCUCCGAUCCGGUCGGGGUGAGGACCCCUGUGUUAGGGUGCUAAGUCUGGGUCCCCAGAGCUUCUUCCCUGGGCAGACAGGCAGCAGUUCCACCCCCGGACCUCUGCACACAGCCUGGGAAGAGGUCAGGAUGGCUGGAGUUAGUCAUUCCCUGCCGUGCACCUGCCCCAGGCUAGGAAGAUGGAGGAGGGGAGGGGGCCUGCGGCCAGGAGUCCCGGCCCCCACUGUCCUGAGGUUUCGGCCUCUGCUGGCUAUGUGGGGGCCGGGCCAGAGCCCACGCUGUAGGACAACUGUGUGCCCCCAGUCAGGGCAGCCCCCACCCCGACACCCCCCACACCCUCACCCCACCCUCACUACAGCAGGGCACAGCCGGGCUUUGCCCUUCAGACAAGCUGUUGUUGGAGGGGCUCCUCCCUGCCAUUCUCAGAAGGCCUGCUGGCCCGUCCUGGCUGGGCCGAGGCCUGGGAAAGCCACACACGCAAGGGGGGAGGCGGGGGCGGGGGUGGACAACUUCCAUUCCCGACAUUUAUGCUGACCCUGGAGUCUAGAACCCUCCUUCCUCCUCCCCGACCAGGCCCCUGGGGGUCAUCUGCACAGUGUGGGUGUGGGGGGGGCGAGCCUGUCCCCGCAGGGCGCCCCCUCCACCUGUGGCCACUCCCACCACCGCAUGGGAUGGGCAGGGACCUGGUGCUCCGGGCCAGGCAGCCCCGACGGUACCGAGGGACUGGAUUGCCCACCCCUCACCGGGGAGAGCGGCUGGGCCCCCUUCACACUGCUGCCCCCCAGCCUGCCCACUGGCGGAGGAUGGACCAGGGCUUGCGAUGGGGCCCGAGGGAGCAGCCGCUGCCCCCCUCAACGGGAGCCACACCGGGGAAGGCCCCAGGUUUGCCAGAGGGAGGGGAGGGCCCUCAGAGUGGAGCCGGGCCAAGGCCGAAAUGCCCAUUGCCAGGACCCAAGCAGCUUCCUGGCCCCCGGGGCGCCAUCCACAACCCGGUUCUGAGGUGUCCUCUCUUUCCCACAGCCCCUGGCAGGGAUGACAGGCCUCUGCUUCCUGGGGGAGGGCCCCCGACUUAGAAGGGGGCUGGUGUGGGGGAGGGGGUCAGGUGGGGCCCAAGGGCAGCCAGAGUCUGGAGACAGAAGGCCGGGCAGAGGCAGGCCCUGGAGUGGUCCAGGCCCCACCGGGAGAGACCGCCCCAGCUGCCCUCCCGCCAGACUCCAGCCCUCCCCUCGAGGCAGAGUUUGCCCGAAGGGGCCCCUGGGGAGCGCCCCACACAGGACGGAGGCCCAGGCUGAGGGCAGGGCUGGGCUCGGUCUCCCUUGCUGACACGCGGAGCCUCCACCAUUUCUCAUCCCAAACCCCGUGCGCAUCCGAGGUCCUGAGGAACAACAGAGGGGCUUACUCCGUCUUCUAUCCUCUUCUGUCGUGUAAAUAAUGCGCUUUUCUCCUCUCCCCUUUUUUUUAACGACUGUGAUUCCUCAGCUAAGUGCAUUCCCUACCGUAGGCAGAGACGGCCUUACGCCUUGUGCUCGCAGACGACACCCGGCCAACGUACAGCCACCGUAUUUAUGGAAUGACAAAUAAAGCCCCAGCCUGUCGGGGGUCUGCGGC